CCCUAGCUGAUCACCAAACAUACCAACGGAUGGUCUAAAAUAACAAAACGUGAAACAAUAUUUUAAUCUCAACAAUUGCUCCAUGUCCGUGCUAAUUAGGAAAAUACGCUUAAAAAACAUAUACCUACACUAUGUCUACUGACAGUAAGAACAUACAGAGACUGACUAAGAUUGAAAAUGAAAUGAUGAGAAGCAGGCAACCACCGUUGGCAGCCAAGAAGCAUUGCUUUGAAAACCAAGACAAACUGAAUUUCGACUUUGAAUCCAAAAAUAAUAUAAAUGGAUUACAGUCGACCAGUUCAUCGUGCGCUGACGAAAUUUUCAUGAAAACUCAGAUCGGAAAGUAUGCUAAAAGGCUGAUGGAUAAGCUACAAAAGAUUUCGGUAAAUGUGCCUGAUAAUGGCGAGCACGCAGCUGCUGUUGCGCAGCUAUGCAGAAAAACGCAAAGAUUACUCAAAGAUUUGAAUCAGGUGGGUGGACCAUGUGACUCUUCGACCGUAUUGCUGAAAAAGUAUAACUGCCUUCGCAUGACUUACUAUGACCUACGCGACGGUAUCAACGGGACGACAAAGAAGUUAUGCAAUGAGGGUAUGCCAAUGGUCGUCCAGCAAUCAAAGAACCGUGAAAAAUGCAAGAAAAUCGAAAUCUGCAAAAAACUUAAUAAUAAUGGAAAACAGGACAACUGUAAAAGCCGUGAUAAACAAGAUAAGUGUAUAAACAAACUGCAAAUUGAAAACUUUACAAAAAUAUGCCAAAACGGUGAAACAAUCGAAAACCUUAGAAAACGUGAGCUCUGCGAGUAUUGUGGAAAACGAAAGAAGCUCUGUGGUAUGACGUGGGAACCGAAAUCUCGUUCUGAAAAAUCGAAUUGUCGGAGGAAACCCAUUGAAUGGAAAACGUUUCUCAAAAACCAACUUUUCAUUUAUUUUCCGUGCCUGUGUUGUAUGUUCGGGAAGUCUGACUGAACCACGUGCGGUUGGAUGGUGCUUGUGUGUCUUUGGGGUGAUUUUAUUUCUUCAAUCGCCAACAGGAUGCUUUUAAAUGAUCAAAAAUGAUGGCUAUUAUAUGAUAGCCGAUGGUCACACACACACACGUAUUAUUUCUUUUAUAUGUUUGAAGAAAAAAAAAAAUUAUUAAAAAUAUCAAAAAUUAAAUAUCAUAAUAUCAUA